AUGCUAGCUCAGGAAAUUAUCCACCAAAUUAAGAAACCCAAUGUUGGAAGUAAUGUCAUCAUUAAACUUGAUAUGGCAAAAGCAUAUGACAGGGUCUCUUGGUCCUACAUUUGCUUGGUGCUAAGGAAAAUAGGUUUUGAAGAGAGGUUCAUUGAUAUGGCUUGGAGAAUAAUGGCAAACAACUGGUAUUCUAUCAUUGUCAAUGGUAAUAAACAUGGCAUCUUUCACUCUACAAGAGGUCUCAAACAAGGUGACCCCUUAUCCCCUGCCCUAUUUAUUUUAGGUGCAGAAGUGUUAUUCAGGUCCCUUAACAGGCUACAUGCUCAUCCGGAUUAUCAUGGGUUCUUCAUGGAAAGGAGGGGGCCUCAAGUAAAUCAUUUAAGCUUUGCAGAUGACAUUAUUCUCUUCACCUCUGGAAGGCACAAAACGUUGAAGCUUUUAAUGAAAACCUUAAAGGAUUAUAAUGAGACUUCUGGACAACUCAUCAAUGAAGAUAAGAGUCAUUUCAUGCUUCAUUCCAAUGCAUUCACCAGCACAAGAGAUAGAAUUAAAAGAAUCACUGUCUUCAAGCAGAGACAAGGCCCCCUUACUUACCUAGGCUGCCCUUUAUUUGUUGGUAGGCCUUGGAUUGUUUACUUUUCUGAUCUGGUUAACAAGGUUGUGUGCAGGAUUAUAGGAUGGCAAACCAAACAACUUAGUUAUGGAGGAAAAGAAGUGCUCACCAAGCAUGUGCUACAGGCAAUACCCAUUCACUUACUAUCUGCAGUAACUCCCCCAGCCUCAGUGCUUAAACAGAUCCAAAGAUUAAUUGCAGACUUUUUUUGGGGAUGGAAGAAUGGGAGGAAGAUAUAUCACUGGGCAUCAUGGAAGAACCUUGCCUUUCCAUAUGAGGAGGGGGUAGGAAUGAAAAGCUUGCAAGAUAUUUGUAAGGCUUUCCAAUUCAAACAGUGGUGGAUCUUCAGAGCCAAACAAACCCUAUGGGGUGAUUUUUUGAAAGCUAAAUAUUGCCAAAGAGCCAAUGUUGUCUGCGAAAAAUGGGAUAAUAGAGGAUCCGUAUCAUGGAAGAACAUGCUGGAAAUUGCUCCUUCUGGUGAGAUAAUUGGCUUGGAAAUGGCCAUCUUGCAUAAUUCUCCAGCAAUAGCAACAGAUAUAACAAUAAAACAGUUGCUGAAUUCUGGGAAAGAGGAAAAUGGAACUGGAAAAAGUUGA